AUGGAAAUAAAACUGAACGUAGUAUUCAACGAAGUUUUAUUGAUGAGGACGGACGAACAUGGCAUAGAAAAUCACGACAAAGUGUUUGUCGACAAGCAGCAAAAUGUCCUAUGCGUGCAAUGCAUGAACAAAAUAUUUUUCAACAAAUCCCCCUUAUAUAAAAAAUAUGCGCUGUUUAAAAGUGUGAAUGAAAUAUACUCCAUAAAGAAUUGCCAGGACUUUCGGUACCACUUUUCUUUUUUCCUGUUAGACCACACUUUGUUUCUGUCAAAUACGUUUAGCUAUUUGGAGGGUACGUCGGAAAGGAGCGUUGAUCACAAUGGUAGCGAUGGUGAAAACGGUGACACCUGUGAUGAUUGGCAGCUGCGUAGAAACUUCUACAUGGUGGGAAAAGGCAACGGAAGCGGGGACCAAGGUAAGAACUCCAACGCAGAAGGUGGUGGAAAUAAAAAUUGUUAUGCCCAUGCGGCCAACAAUGAACUAAUCACUUUGGCCACCAAUGCAUGCAAAGAAUUUCUAAGCACCUGCUCUGAAGAUCUCUGUAACAUUUUUAAGGAUGCAAUUUAUACCUGUGUACUUGUCAGGUUAAAAAAAUUCUCUACCAAUGAGAAAAAGUAUUUUUAUAUUUUUAAAUUGUUAAAAAAAUUAAUGGAUGGUGUGGCAAUUAUACACACUACAUUGAAGAACGAAUCGGCAGUCAUUGAAGAAUUUAUAAAGUUGUUCGUGCAGAAUUAUUCUAUACCUGAUGAUUUGAAAAACGAGAAAAAGGGGGAGGAUUGCUCUCCCUUGGGCUCCCCAAGCAUUUGCUCAAAUAGGGGGAGCAGCAGCGAUAGUGGCGCCGCGAAUGGAGAUAGCACACGUGGGGACUGCUGCAAUGGUGACUGCUGCAGUGGUGACUGUUGCAGUGGCGAUCGGCGCGACGGCGACGGCAAGCGCGGGCACAACGAGGUGCUCCUGCUCACGCUGCAAAUCAUUUAUAAACUGUGGGGCGACAAUUCGCUAUGGCAAAUUAACAAAGAAUUGCUAAAAAACUUUUUCUCGAAUCUUAUCAAACAUUUUAAAUGCACCAACAAAAACACACACUUGUGUAACUACUACAUAGAGUUCAUUUAUAUAAUUACGAAAAAUUAUAAUGACUUAAGUUAUUUUUUUAAUACCAUAAUUUUUGGCACCCCAAAUAAGUUGGUACGAAAAGGCAGGAAAAAUCGCGAACUCCCCCUUGUCCCCCACGCACGCUGCAGCACCUCCUGUUCGAACGCCCCCGGUAGGUGCGGUAGCCGAAAUCGCAGCCAAAAUAGCAGCCAAUAUCGCACCCAAUAUCGCAGCACUAGCAACACGCGCAGCGACAGCGGCAUCAGCUGGGGCAGCCAAAGCAAUACCCUCCGGGACCACCCCUGUUCAAACCAUCCGUACGGGAAAAAUGACAGCCAUUUUGAGCCUUUCCAAACUGACACACCUGAGCAGUUUUAUAAACGUGGCCAGAAUCAUCCGAAUGAAAAUGGUCUUGAGGAGAGUCAAAACGAAACUAAACAAAGUCAUCAAGAGGGCGGGAAUAUUUUCCAACGCAAAGGCAGUGAAAAAAAAUAUAAUGAAAAAUACGUUAAGGAAGCCCAAGUCGAAUUCGAAAAUGUGAAUCCCUCUCGUGUGCAAGGAGGGAAAACCCGGUUGAAGACUUUUUGCGGAGAUAGAAGGAACAACACAAGUGCAGAUGAGUGCGUCCAGGUGGAUCAGCACUUCGUACCGGGGAGUCCCUACAACAGUGACUCAUUUUAUCAUGCCACACCAUCCGAAGAAGAAAAUUUCAAUACAUUAUUUGUGCAAGAAAAGGAAGAAAACAAGUCGAGUUUCAAAUCGUCGCAGGGGAUUAACACAUUAGUGAGAUGCACAGAGUAUGGACAAGAAUUCACCGAUAUGAAUCAUUAUGGGGGGGGCACCAAUUGCAAACAAAGUGCUGCGUAUUAUUGCGACUCUUUUGGAAGAGAACGCAGUGGGGAUGAAGACCAAGUAUCGGAUGAAACAGAGGCGAGGAAAGGGGAAAAGCAGCUCUCCAAGCUGCGUUACUACCGUGGUAUGAAUUCCGGCACACACAGCGGUAGCAGCGUCCCGGUGCUGAAUUACUGUGACAGUGGCAGCAUGGCCGGAGAGGGUUUAGCAUGGGUUGAAUCGGGCGAAGGGUUGAAAAUGCUGGAGCAGCUGGAACAGUUUGAAGAGCGUGCACCCUUUGAUGAGUUUCCACAGUCGGAAGAGCUUCCCCUAUUGGAAGAGCUUCCCCUAUUGGAAGGGCUUCCCCUUUUGGAAGAGCUUCCCCCAUUUGAAUCGGGCGAAAGGCUGCAAUCAAUGGAACAGUUUGUCGGGGGGGGCCUGGGUGCAGAGGGUGGCGCAGAAGGGUGUCCCCGCAUAUAUCGAAGAGGAAAAGAAAAACACGAAGAAAUAAAUCAUUCUGGGCGGAGAAGCAGCCCGAGCAUAUUCUCUAAAACGUCCAACACCGAUUCGGACUUGGACAACGAGAAAGACAUCCUGUGCGCGGAAGAGCGAUACGAAGCAAAUUCUGGGAAGUGCAGUAACAACACCCCCUUGAAGAUACCGAAGAGGAGGGAAAACAUCCAAAAUUUUAUCACCCUGUGUAAUAACUUACAAGAAACACUACUAAACAAUUUUUGCAAAGAUACUCAAAUGAAGUGCUUAGAAAUAUUUUACAAAUUCUGCAGCAUCGACAAAGCGAUUGUGAAUAUCAUUUUGUCAAACACGUCACUGAUAGAAUGGAUAUUCGAUUUUCUGUCAAACACAAAAUAUGAAUGCUUAAGAGAAAAGACGUUGAAAUUUCUGGUUACCUUUUUUAUUCACAAUUCUCUUUUUGCUCAUACUCAUGCCCAUUAUAUGAUUGAUGUCCUAAUCGACAUCAUUUUGAAAUACGUAAAUAAAAGGUACAGUGCGUAUAACCAGAUUAGUGAUGACUAUUCGAACUUCUUUAACUUUUUAAAGGCCCUUAAUAUGCUCAUCGAUGGGUCCCACUCUUCCCUAAAGAUAUUUCACGUCUUCAAAGUUGUAAAUAUAGUUCCUUUCCUAGUGGUAGUAUCAUCCCCUGAUAUUGUUCCUACAAGUGUCAAAGAAAUAGUUGCCCUUUUUGAAGAUUUUAUUUUCGAAAAGGAGGAGGGAAUCCACAAGGAGAGCUUAAAAGUGAAACAAUGUGAGGAGGAUAAAAGGGGUAACAAUGAAAUGGUUUCUCUGACAAAAAAGGAAGUGCUGUCCACGUUUUGUAUGAAAGAACAACCCUAUGUGCUGGACAUGUUGACUAAACAGAAACGCAGCACUGGGGUUGGCUUCGUAGAUGAAAUGGAAACCCGACACUCCCUCCUUGGCUAUACCCAAAUUAGGAACAGAAAUAAGAAGAACCCCAUUUUGGGAAACAAGCUAAAGGGAGAAAACCCAAGUGAUGCUGCUCCCCCUGAGGAUAGAAGGAACAAAAAGGAAGAGUCAAACAAUAAAAUGAACAAAGUUUACAUAACCAACAUUUCAGCCCUAUUUAGAGUCCUGAAAACAGCUUUAAAAAUAAUGAAGAUGGUAAACACCAACAAGGCAGAUGUAUACGUAGAACUCAUUUUUAAUGAGCAAAAUAAUUACCUAUACAAUGUUUCUGUAGCCUUCAUGAAACUGUUGUUCUCGUUAAUAUAUAUCCUAAACAAAAAUGAAAAAUUUUUAAACAACCUAAAAAUAAUUGAUGAGCAGGGAGACACAGACAAUGGGAAUGACUUACAAGUGUUAACUUUCGUAAAAUUAACACUGUACUUAUUUAUCGAUUUGCACACUUUUUUUAAAAAGACUCUCAAGGAGAGUAACCACCCUUUCGAUAAGGAUAUCAUUUACUUUAUUAAAUUUUUAUACCUUUCUUUUAUUUUUAUCUUUGAAAAUAUAUGUAUGAAAAAAAAGCUCUUUCGGAAUAUAAGCACCAAUUUGUUUUUCUCGUCUUUCUUCACCCCCUUCUUUCACUUAUUAUCUGGUGUUUUAAACCACGUGGAGGAAAUUUCGACCUCCCAUAUAAAAGAAUCACGCAGUGCAACGAAUUGUGAAGAAGUAGGACUGUCGCAGCACAACGAUGAGUGUGUAGCGAAUGACGCAGAGGAGUCGGACGCACUAAACUUUGAAAUGUACAAAUGGAAAAUGAGGAAGGUCUUGAUGAGGAGCAAGCCGUUCACCCUCUUUUUUCAGUACGCCUCCGGCAAGAAUUAUGACCCCGAGUGUCACAGAAUCCUGGAGAUGCUGCUGCACGAAGAAGACGGAACGCCCAAGGAACGGGAAAACAUGAAAGACAUUUUGAUCGAAAUAGUCAGCAAGCACGACUUUUAUUUCACCAAAGUUCUACUCUUCAACUUUAACGACAACGGAGGCAUCAUCGAAACGGUCAUCUACAUAUUGUAUCUCUGUGUAACAUAUGAUAGGAAAUUCAUUGAGAAAAAGUUAGCCGCCACCAGGGAGGACAAUUAUGUGGAAAAAAUUUUUUCAUUUAGCGAUUACGAGGUUAAUAUUAACCCGCUCUUCCUAUUCAUGUCUCUAUCCUAUUCCUACUAUUUUAUAACCAAGGAGAAAAUAGCAUCCGUUUUUAAGUGUAUCCGAAAGGAGAUGCAUAAAAUUAAUUUGUCUGCAUGGCUGGAUAUCAAAAAGAUUAAAAAUAUUUACUUGGUCUUUGAUUGCAUUUUCUCCUUAAAAAUUAACAACACCUCCUAUAGCAACUACUUCUCCUUCAUCAUUCACAUAAUCAAAUUGGAGCUCUCUUUGUACACUUCCAAACAGUCGGGGCAGAUGAACCUUAGAGACCAACGCAAUCAGCGGAAUCGGCAAGAUCAGCGAUUGUAUUUGUCCAUUUCGAAAAAUGGGGAUUUGGUGCAAAAAAUUUUCGAAAAUGUAGAAAUGAACACCAUCGAAAAUAACCUCGCCAUAUAUGUAUACUAUUUGAUAAUCAAGUUGCGGAAAUAUUCCGCAGAUCAUUACAAAACUAUGAGCUUAUACAAAAUGAUGAACGUAGUCAUCAGGCACAUGCACACAGUUGUAAACACGGAGGACGAAAUUGAUGACAUUUUCUGUUUUUUUUUUAUAUUUUUCGAAAAUCUGGAAGCAUAUGCUCAGACGGACAUUUUUAAUAUAAUCACCUUGUUGCAGAAAUUGACGCAUUAUGUUAAAGCUUCCUUGGCCAAUUAUUUUGGAAAAGCAAACGGAAAGGCAAACGGAAGAGCAAAGAAAGCCGCAAAUGCAAAGGAAGGCGCAAAUGCAAAGGAAGAGGCAAAUGCAAAGGAGCGCAAUGAUGAGAUACUCCAUGCUGAUCUCAAAUUUGAAAAUUUCUUCUUCUAUUUUAUUAUAAAUUUAAUUUUAUUCUGUAGGAAAUAUAAACAAAUUCAAAACAUCAAUGUGUUGUCUUCUUCCAUAGCUCUGAUACAGCUGCUGCUGUACUGCAUUCAGUUUAGCAAUAACUAUUUUGCGAGUUUAUCUUUCUUCAUAUUAUCUCUCCUCAUUUUGCCAUUGCCCGAAACGCCACAAAAGAGUUCCUUCUUACUUAUGACUGUGUCAACAUCAUUUGACAAAUGUGCUGAUGAGAUAAUCCCCGCUGAUGACAAAUUAGCUGCACACACUGAUUGCAGUGCUGGCCGAGAAAAAUAUGUCAUUAGACGGAGUUUGUUUUCCCCCCUCGUCAACAGUGCAGACGUGAUGCUCAGAGUUUCUUCCCUCUCGCUCUUGCUAUGUUUGCUCCUAACCAACGACGUUCUACUGGUGGAAGACGAGGCCCUAGGACUCUUCAUCACCCUUAUUAAUAUCUCCUAUUUAAGCGUUAAAUUGAUUUUUGCACCCCUCGCAGAUAUUAAUGCCUUGAGAGCCAAAUCGAGCGGGCAUCUCAGCAUUUACACGCGUUCCUCUAUCCAUUGUGGGGCUGCUGAGAAUUCCCACAACUGUUACGACGAGUGGAAUGAAACCAUAAACGAUUUGCUCUUCGCCAUAUUCAACGUCCUCCUAGUUUCCUCCACUUUAAAUUUACAAACCAAGUCAUUUUGCUUUAACUUCAUUUAUUCCUUUCGGCCGUUCUUCUUAAGACUCAUACUGCGUUUAAAUAGGGAUCAGAAAAUUAUUAUCCACAAAUUGUUUUUUCUCCUCAUAACAGUUAAAAUAAAGCCCUUGUGGUUCGACUUGAGGGUAUACGGCGAAAGGAUUUUGAAGAUCAUUCUGAACGUUGUGACCAAGAAGGACCUCGACCUCGCCACGUUUAACUGCAUAUCAUCCCUUGCGUACGAGGCCUUCCUCUCAAAGGGAUAUAAAACGAGGGGUACCUGCCAAAGCGGUGGAAAUAAAAACGUCAUAGACAAUUUGGAAGAAUACCUGGAAACGUAUAAAAAGAAUGUUAAGGACAACGAUAGGGAUGAUAUUUUCCACACCUCCUCUUUUAGCAAAUUCAAAUGUAAUUUUAAAAAAUGGAACAGCAAAAGGGAACAAAAGGGGGCAAACUAA